AUGAACUCGUUCCUACGUGGAUCGAUGAACUAUGUCUGGUGUACGACCAGUGUACUGGGCAAGGGUUCGACGGGGGCCGUCUUCCAGGGGGUCAACAAACACAACGGUGAACCGGUGGCGGUCAAAACGUUCAACCAGCUCAGCCACAUGCGACCGCAGGACGUGCAGAUGCGUGAGUUUGAAGUGCUGCGGAAGGUGAAUCACAACAACAUCGUCAAGCUGCUGGACAUCGAGGAUGACCAGGAGGGACGGGGCAAGGUCAUUGUGAUGGAACUGUGUACGGGUGGCAGUUUGUUUAACAUACUGGACGAUCCUGAAAACACGUACGGAUUGCCACAGAAGGAGUUCCUGCUGGUGCUGGAGCAUCUUUCCGCUGGGAUGAAACAUUUGCGUGAUAACAAUCUGGUACAUCGGGAUUUAAAGCCGGGCAACAUCAUGAAGUACAUCUCCGAGGAUGGACAAACGGUGUACAAGCUGACGGAUUUCGGAGCUGCUCGGGAGUUGGGCGAGAAUCAACAGUUUGCUUCCCUGUACGGUACGGAAGAAUAUCUUCAUCCAGAUAUGUACGAACGUGCCGUACUUCGGAAGUCGAUCAAUCGUAGCUUCACGGCCAAUGUGGAUCUGUGGUCGAUCGGUGUUACACUGUACCACGUAGCGACGGGCAAUCUACCGUUCCGGCCGUACGGUGGACGCAAAAACAAGGAAACGAUGUAUCAUAUCACAACCAAGAAAGCUCCGGGUGUUAUUUCCGGUACCCAAACGAGCGAAAAUGGACCAAUCGAAUGGUCGAAACAUCUACCGGCUCACUGUCAGCUGAAGGAAGGGUUGAAGCAACUCGUCACCCCACUGAUGGCCGGACUGCUCGAGGAAAGUCAGGGCCGUAUGUGGUCGUUUGAUAAGUUUUUUCUCGAGGUGCAAAACAUUCUCAACAAAACGGUGCUUCACAUAUUCUACGUUAAUCGGGCGACCUCGAUCGAGGUGUACCUGGAACCGGAACAGACGCUUGUCCAUCUGCGGGAACAUAUACUGGCGCAGACCGAUGUACCGCAGGCUUCGCAACUGUUGCUGCUAGACAAUGAACUGUUUGCUACGAAGGUGGACGCCAACACUAGUGCACGCGGCUAUCCACCGACGGACGCCAGCAAUCCGGUGAUGCUGUUCAACAUCGAAAACUAUAACGUUAUUCUACCGACUGAAUGGGAUCUGCCCAAAUUCCCUACAUUCCCGAACGGCAUUUCGGUGGAGAACGAUGCGAGCCUGGCGAAGGUGGCCUGUAGCGUGGGGCACGAGUGUAAAAGGCGGGUCGAAAGCUUGUCCCUGCUCGAUACACUGAUGAACAAAUCGGUGCAUCAGUUUUCCGGCUUUUUGGCCGGUUUUCUAGUAAAGUUACUUAAACGAACCCGCCACUUGGAGGAUAUUGAAGGAUUAAUCUCGGAACUUGCGAAGAUGUUUGAAGUUGCCGCAUCCAAUCACGAAACAUACCAAAAAUUAGGCACAACCAUAUACGCAAGCUACGAAAAGCAAAAGACAGAUUUUCAGCGUGUUUCCGAACCGAUCCAGCAGCUGUACGGACGCUUCGUUAAGGAAGAAUCGCUCGUGCGCGAAUGGAACUCGGGCUAUCGAGCGUUGCGCACACCGAACAAAAACCGGGACAGUGAAAAGGCUAAAUCACUCGUCGAUCGGCUACGCGACUCCUGGCAGCAUAUGUUGCGUGAUCGUGCCACACGCUCGCUUACUUACAAUGACGAACAGUUCCAUGUGUUGGAGAAGGUUAAAAUCGCGGAAACGGGUAAACGGCUAAAAACACUCCUGAACGAUGGUGUUCGGCAGGCGGUCGAACAGGAAGCUGAAUGUUUGGCCGAUUGGUACAAAAAAGCGCAAACGAUCUUCCUGCAGACCCAGUUCCUCAUGAAGGACGUCGGUGCGUACGUGGACGCGCUGUACGAUUUGCGCGAACAGUUAAAACAGCACCGGGAAGAUUUGAAGGAAGAGAUCAGCACGGACGGUGAGGUGUCGAAGACGAUCGCGGGCAAAUCGAUACCACCGACCACGACGUCUACCGCAACGGCAACGAUCCCGAUCGUGGGUGAGAUGGAUGGCAGUGAGAAGGGGCUAACGGCGCGCCAGAAUCAGCUUAAAGUGAUGUGCUUCGUGAACAUGUACAACCAAAUCAAAGAGGUAAAGAAAAUGCUUCAACAAAACAGUGAUAUACUGGCGGCAACGCAAGGAUUGCUUCCCGACACCGGUGAUAGGACUGCAACGUAG